UUUUCCUGGCAAAUUACCCACCCUCUGCUCUUCUUUCAAAUAGACUUAGCAUGUAAGAAAUCUCACCAAAACACGUAAACAAUACCAUAAAGACCACGCUGUCUGUCUGUCUGUCUGUCUCGCGUCAGCACAGAAAGGUUGAAACAAGCCUUGCCUUGUUUGUUCUCUUCUGUCUGUUAGAAGUAUCAGAGAGAGAGAGAGAGAGACUGAUUCAACAGUUUGUUCAUCUAUCAGUCACAAAAGGAGCAGGCUUAUCAUGGGGAAGAAGCUUGAUGCCCUGCUUGGAAGAGCCUUCAAACCCUCCAAGUUCAAGUCACUCAUCAGCCUUGCCAUUUCUCGUCUUGCUGUUUUCAAGAACAAGCAUCAGUCCCGUUGCAACCAGGCUCGCUCUGAUGUCGUGCAGAUGCUUGAACUUGGCCAACAGGAUCGGGCUCUUCUUCGAGUUGAGCAGGUGAUCAAGGAGCAAAACAUGUUGGACGUGUUUGUUAUGCUGGAAGGGUAUUGUAAUCUCGUCGUCGAAAGGGUCCAUCUAAUUGAACAAGACAGAGUAUGCCCCGACGAGCUUAAGGAGGCAAUAUCUGGCUUGCUCUUUGCAUCUUCGAGGUGUGGGGAUUUCCCCGAGCUUCAAGAGAUUCGUGGGGUUUUCAUGUCUCGCUAUGGCAAAGAAUUCGCUGCUCGUGCCAUCGAGUUGCGCAACAACUGUGGAGUGAACACUAAGAUUAUACAAAAGCUGUCAACCAGACAACCAGACUUGCAGAGUAGAAGGGAUGUGCUCAAAGAGAUUGCUGCUGAGAACGGCAUUGCUUUACAGUUUGAGGAGACCUCUCGUUCCAGCGAGGAAAAUUUGGAUGGAAGCAAGAAGCAAAGCCAGCCCAAGCUAGACACAUCAGCUAAGGCAGGUAGCAUUGGAGGAGAUGAUGAUGGGUUCUCUGAUUCAAUGAACGCAAGGAAAAAGUACAGGGAUGUGGCUGAUGCAGCUCAAGCAGCAUUUGAGUCAGCUGCUUAUGCUGCAGCGGCUGCAAGAGCAGCUGUGGAACUCUCUCAGUCUGAUUCUCAUGAUCCUGAUGAUCAGAACAGUCCCAAUAGUCGAGGAAAAAGAGUGUCUGACAGACAUGAAUCUAAUUCUAAAGAUAAGCAAACUCAUCCUGGUGGUCAAGCAGAGGAGUUGAAUGAGAGCAAGAAGACACCAGAAAUCUCAAGUCCUUCAAGUGAAGGUUCUGCAGAAGGAACCCUUGACCUUAGGACAAUGUCCUUAGACGAAGUGGACCCAAUCAAGCUAUUGGAAAAGGAAGUAGUUAUUCAUGAGAGUGACGAUGAAACCUAUGAUUCCCAUGGUUUGAGUUUUGAUAUGAAUGCAAGGAAGCUAAAAGACAAGGUCCAAGAUACAGAUAAGGAUGAUGAGCCCUCAGAAAAAACUGGACUGACAUUUCAGUACUCAUCAAAUAAGCAAAUCCCUUCAAGCCUUCGUGCUGGCCAGAAGGUGGAGACUGAAACUGAGAACCCCACAGCACAUGCAGCCAAAAGUUCUGAGAUGAAAGGUAAACAACACUUUACCAUAAACAAGGGUUUUUCUGUGAGGAGUAAACAAGUGCGGGGGUACUGAAGAGCAUGGGUAUAUUAAAUGUUUGUAAGUUUGGUGAGUUGCAUGAUAGCAUUGGUUGAGCCGCAUGAUAGCAUUGGUUGAGUCUACAGGCUGGGUUUUAUUAUUUGAUUUGUUUUUGUUAAUUUUUGUAAGAUGUAAACUCAAUGUAAUUGUUUUGUAAUGAUUUUGAAAGUUUUUGUGAAGCGAAAAUUUUGGAGAAA